CCUGUAGCUAAAAUAUACUAUAUAUAGAUGUUAAUUUACUGAAAUAAAGUGUGUGUAACAGUUACAUUCUUCUUUGGCUAUUAACCAUUGGAUGCAAAACGAUUCUGAAAGGAAUAACCUCACACUUUCCACGGGCCUGAUUCCUCUUUCAUAAGAACGCGCUCCAUACAUAUUCCUCAUCUAUAUAAUACAGACUCUAUACAGAAAAAUAAUUACAGACUAUACUUUGUCAAUUCUGAGAUUUUGAUACCUAAAAAACUCGGUUUUAUUUUUAGAAAAUCCAUAAAACCUUAAUUUCGAAAUAAAUCUUUGUUAAGCAUACAGCGUAAUAGUCCAUUUGCUUGUGUACAAAACGAGAUGUUCCAGAACGCUCUACAAUAUAACAAAAUAGAAAACACCAAAAGAAAUAAAACGAAUGAAUUUUUGAUAGUUUUUUCUUAUCAACGUUAGAACUCUUCAACUAUUGCAAAGAGCUCUAGAACACUCUCUUUGUAGAGAAGCAAAUGGACUAUCAUGGUCUAUGCUGAAAAGAAAUUUAUAUCGAAAUUAUGAUUUUCCGGGUUUUCUUUUUAGAAAUCGAGCGUUUUAGGUUUAAAAAUCUCCGGAAUAACAAAACGUACCUCUUUAAUUUUUUCUGUAGAAAGUCUACAACAACUAGAUGAGGAAUAUGUAUGGGGUCCGAUUUUGUGAACGAGGAACCUGACCUGUAGAAAGAUUAUGAUCAAAAAUUAUUUAAAAAGCUAUAUACGCUGCAGCGUUAGAAACAGUAUAUGUUUUUGUUUAUUUGACGUUGAUGACUUUAUAUGGUUUUUUUAAAGGAUUUUAUGCAAUUAUCGUAUGGUAAACAUACGAUUGUUGGUGAUCAAGGUGUUACGUUAAGCGGUGGCGUUGUUACGCGGACUUAA